AUGAUCGUACAAUUUGACCGUUCAAUAAAAGGUCCAGAUAGAGUUGCAUGGGAGUUAAUACCAAAAGCAAUGUAUGGAAAUCAAGGUAUAAUUUGGUCAUUACCUUAUGAAAAGUAUAAACAAUGUUUUGAUUUUGUUACAGGUGCCUAUAGGAUUAUGUUCAAAGAAAAAGAAUGUAUACUAAUACUCCUCAGUUCUAAAAAAUUAUUUGAAAAUAUCUUUUUUUUUAAUUUAAUUUUUUAA